AUGGCCUUCUAUUCUUGUAAUACAAUCUUAGCUAUUGCCCGAACAAGAUUCCCUAGCCUUUUUAUCCAUCCUACCUCCUCUUCUUUUUCCUCAUCACUUGCAUAUCUUCAAUUGCCAGAUUCCCAUUUAAAGAAAACAUAUAUGAAGAACUAUGGGAGCAAGAAGUGUCCUUAUUCUUGCAAUAAAGUACUUCACUUACAAGUUAGAAUAAUACAAAAGCUACACACAUCAACACGCUGGUUUGAAGAGGUCCCUGGUAAACCUCAGCCAACUCAAACCACAGAACAGCCACAGGUAACAAGUACUCAGCCCACAAAAGAAACUGGCACCAAAAAAAAGGAAGUGAAGCAAUCUUAUACACAAAUGAUUCGGAAUGAACUUAAACAUUAUUACAAUGGAUUCUACUUGCUUUGGAUUGACACCAAAUUUGCUGCCAGAAUGGUUUGGAGACUGUUGCAUGGACAGAUGCUGACCAGACGAGAGAGACGAAGGCUGCUGAGAACUUGUGCUGAUCUCUUCCGCCUGGUUCCAUUUCUGGUGUUUGUAAUUGUGCCCUUCAUGGAAUUCUUAUUACCAGUGUUUGUGAAACUCUUCCCAGAAAUGCUGCCAUCAACUUUUGAAAGUGAAUCAAAAAAGGAAGAAAAGCAGAAAAAGAGAAUGGCUGCAAAGUUAGAACUAGCAAAAUUUCUUCAAGAAACAGUUACAGAAAUGGCAAGGAGAAACAGAGCUAAGUUGGGAGACGCCUCUACACAGUUCUCAUCCUAUGUAAAACAGGUCCAGACAGGCCACAAGCCCUCCACAAAGGAGAUAAUUCGCUUUUCCAAACUAUUUGAGGAUGAGUUAACCAUGGAACACUUAGAUCGACCUCAGCUGGUUGCCCUUUGCAAACUGCUGGAAUUACAGACCUUUGGAACCAACAAUUUGCUCCGCUUUCAGCUCUUGAUGAAACUGAACUCUAUAAAAGAAGAUGAUAAAGCAAUUGCCAAAGAAGGGGUGAGUGCUUUGAGUGUCUCAGAGCUCCAAGCUGCCUGCAGGGCUCGAGGGAUGAGAUCCCUGGGCCUCACUGAAGAGCAACUGAGACAACAGCUCACAGAGUGGCAGGACCUUCACCUCAAAGAAAAUGUCCCACCUUCUCUUUUACUCCUGUCACGCACUUUCUACCUGAUAGAUGUGAAGCCCAAACCAAUUGGGAUACCCCCAAGUGUGGAGGUUCCAAAGACUAAUAUUCCAGUAGGAUCAUCUGCAUCUCCUGAAUCUAAAGAGAACAUGAUGGAUCCUGUACCUCAACAGAAGGAAAGUAAGGAUGAAGAAAUGAAACAAGUACCCCUAGUCACAUCAUCACCACCAAGAACACCAUCCAUUCCCAUUCCAUCACCUAAAGAAUCCAUCACUUCGUCAAAAGAAGCUGUAUUCCAGGCCAACUCACAAAAUACAUCCCAGAACAGCAAGGCUAAUUCAAGAGGAGCUUAA